UUCGAACCCGCGGUUUCGAACCCGCGACCUCUGGAUUGUACGCCAAGCGCCUUAACCGAUUGUGCCACGGUGGCACUUUGAUGAAACUUGGCGUGUUUUAGUAGUUUUAUAGGGAGCACCGCUGUUCGAGUCCAGCUUGAGACAAGACACUUUUUUCUUUUUUUCUUUUUGAUGUUUUGGAGAUUCUCUUUUCUUUUUCUCCUUUUUCUAAUAAUAACAAACAUUUUUCUGCAUAAAGUUUUGUUUUUAAGAAAUUCUUUUAAUUUUUGCCAUCGGUAAAAUAAGGUUCACCAUGAUGGGUUUCCUGUGUUAUAUGCUGUGGAUUCAAUCGAUAUUUGCCGAAAACAACUGACCCAUCGCACUAACUUAAAAACCUGGAUUCAAGAGGAGAAAAAAUUGUAAAAAUUAUAUUGUUUGACGUAGAAUUGUACCGAUUGCAAUAAGUUUUGACUGGGUUUUCGCUUCGAGUACGUGUCAACAUGGCGUCUCUGCUAAAAGUAGCUUUCACGGCCUUAUAAAUAAACUUCAAGCAAAUGGACGGUUUCUAUUCCGCUUUAGACUUCAAGGAAGGGCGAGCAGUAUUCAGGCCAAAAGCUGAAGAGGUCCAGCUCGCCAUUCAAACAGUAGGCAUAUGUGGUACAGAUAUUCACUUCUGGAAGCAUGGCGAGGCUGGCGGGGAUGUUCCUGACGCACCUGUUGUCCUGGGACAUGAGUCUAGUGGAGUUGUAACAGCACUGGGUGAAGGUGUAACACACCUUCAAAUUGGUGAUAGAGUUGCAAUCGAGCCUAAUGUACCGUGUCAUACGUGUCAAGAUUGUAAGGAAGGUCGUUAUAAUCUCUGUAAGAAGUUGAGAUACUUUGCUGUUCCACCUUACCAAGGAGCAUUGUGCCGAAGAUUGAACCACAGCGCACAUUUCUGUUACAAGAUCCCAGAUCACGUGAGUUUCGAGGAAGCAGCUUUGUUGGAACCUUUGUCAGUCGCCAUUCAUGGNUGA